UUGGAAGCCUUUGCGCUGGGACGCGGGAGCUGCUGCGCACAGACAGACCCGGGCUUACCCUCUGAAAAAGAGACCCAAGAAGCUGUACUACCAGGCUCUCUUUGUGAUAUUCCUUAAGAAAAGAAGGAUGGCCAAAGAGAAGGGCCUGAUCAGCCCAGGAGACUUUGCUCAGCUGCAAAAAUACAUAGAAUACUCCACCAAAAAGGUCAGUGAUGUCCUGAAGGUCUUUGGGGAUGGUGAUAUGAGCAAAUACUGCCACGGAGAUGCCAUUGGGUACAUGGGAUUUAAGCAAUUCCUGAAGCUCUAUCUGGAAGUGGACGAAGUCCCCCAUCACCUCUGCUGGUCUCUGUUUUGGUCCUUUCACGAUGCUCAAUGGGCAGAGAAGACAGAACGAGCCAAUGUGAUCUGUCUCAGUGAUGUCUCCUGCUACUUUUCCCUCCUGGAGGGUGGCCAGCCAGAAGACAAGCUAGAGUUCACCUUCAAGCUGUACGACAGAGACAAAAAUGGGAUCCUGGACAGCUCGGAAGUAGAGAAAAUCAUCCUUCAGAUGAUCCGAGUGGCUGAAUAUCUAGACUGGGAUGUGUCUGAGCUAAGACCGAUUCUUCAGGAGAUGAUGAGAGAGAUCGACUACGAUGGCAGUGGCUCUGUCUCUCUGUCAGAGUGGGUCCGGGCUGGGGCAACCACUGUGCCGUUGCUUGUGCUUCUGGGGAUGGAUAUGACUCUGAAGGAUGACGGAGCACAUAUGUGGAGAUUGAAGAGGUUCACCUGGCCAGUCUACUGCAACCUAUGCGAGUUGAGCAUUGGCCUUGGAAAACAGGGCCUGAGCUGUAACAUCUGUAAGUACACUGUUCAUGACCACUGUGCCAUGAAGGCCCAGCCUUGCGAAGUCAGCACCUACGCCAAGUCUCGGAAGGACAUUGGUGUCCAGUCACAUGUGUGGGUUCGAGGAGGGUGUGAUUCAGGGCGUUGUGACCGCUGCCAGAAGAAGAUCCGAAUCUACCACAGCCUAGCAGGACUGCAUUGUGUAUGGUGCCACCUGGAGAUCCAUGAUGACUGUCUGCAGGCUGUGGGUCCUGAGUGUGACUGUGGGCCGCUCCGGGAUCAUAUCCUGCCUCCGUCUUCCAUCUACCCCACGGUCCUGGUGUCCGGACAAGAUCGCAAACUGAAGACCACAGUUUAUAUAAACCAGAGCACCACUGAGGCUCUUCGGGUCAGCCCUGCGCCUAACACCCACCCACUCCUAGUCUUUGUCAACCCUAAGAGCGGAGGGAAGCAGGGGCAGAGGGUGCUUUGGAAGUUCCAGUAUAUGCUAAACCCUCGACAGGUGUUUAACCUGAAGGAUGGUCCGGAGCCAGGGCUCAAGUUUUUCAAAGACGUUCCUCAAUUCCGGGUAUUGGUGUGUGGUGGAGACGGCACAGUAGGCUGGAUUCUAGAAAGCAUUGACAAAGCCAACUUGCCUGUUGUGCCUCCUGUUGCUGUGUUGCCCCUGGGCACUGGAAAUGAUCUGGCUCGUUGCCUAAGAUGGGGGAGAGGUUAUCAAGGUGAGAAUUUGGGAAAGAUUCUCAAGGACAUAGAGAUAAGUAAGGUGGUGUAUCUCGAUCGAUGGUCCCUGGAAGUGAUCCCCCAAGAAAAUAAAGAGAAGAGUGAUCCGGUCCCCUCUCAAAUCAUCAAUAACUACUUCUCCAUCGGCGUGGAUGCGUCCAUUGCUCACCAGUUCCAUGUUAUGCGAGAGAAGUACCCUGAGAAGUUCAACAGCCGAAUGAAAAACAAGCUAUGGUACUUGGAAUUUGCCACAUCUGAAUCCAUCUUCUCAACAUGUAAAAAGCUGGAAGAGUCUUUGACAGUUGAGAUCUGUGGGAAGCCGCUGGACCUCAGUGACCUGUCCCUUGAAGGCAUUGCAGUAAUGAAUAUCCCGAGUACGCACGGUGGUUCCAACCUCUGGGGUGACACCAGGAGACUUCAUGGAGAUACCUGUUCUAUCAACCAGGCAUUAGGCAGUAUGGCCAAAAUAAUCACAGACCCCGAUAUCCUGAAAACCUGUGUGCCAGACGUGAGUGACAAGCGGCUGGAAGUGGUGGGAAUAGAGGGUGUGAUUGAGAUGGGCCAGAUCUACACCCGGCUCAAGAAUGCUGGACACCGGCUGGCCAAGUGCUCUGAGAUUACAUUCCGGACCACAAAAACCCUUCCCAUGCAGAUUGAUGGAGAGCCCUGGAUGCAGGCGCCCUGUACCAUCAAGAUCACCCAUAAGAACCAGAUGCCUAUGCUUAUGGGCCCAGCCCCCAACACCUACAAUUUCUUCGGAUUUUGGAGCUGAGGGUACCCAAUGCCCUGAGCCCACAUCCCUGUCCCUGGAGAUGUCCCUCGGUGCUCUGUAUAUUGCUGCCCCACCUUCCUGUCAGCCCAGAAGGAUGUUUCAUCAUCUUCACAGUAUUUAUUACCCUGUGCCUCCUCACUUUUCACACGCACACACACACAACCAAAAACACACAACAUUGAUAGUGCCUCCACAUGAUAAAGUACCCUUUUCCAUUAUUGGGAUGUCUGAUAAAUGAAUAACACUCUUUUUUAUACCUUCACCCCUCUAGAGACAGAUUCAAGAGCAAACAAAACAGCGAAAAACC